GUAGCUUUCUCAGAUUCUCCAUUGAAACAAAGGACUCGAGGGAAAGCUUUACUGUUUCUCAGAUUUCUUCUACAUUCCAUUUUAUCUUAGUUGGAAAAUGGAAAUAUUUAUUUUCUCUAUUUUUCUUCGGAUUUCGCUCAUGUCCUGAUUCGUUUCAGCGUUUUUCUCUUAUAAUAAACACCAUACGAGUUCGAUUGAAUCCGUGAGUUGCCGGAAAUUCAAAACUUAGCAGAUUCCUCAGAGACCCAAAUUGAUAAAAUUUCACCUUUUGAUUCGAUUCGAUUCGUUCUGUUUCUGGCAUUACACGAUGCGGAUUCUUGUGAGUUUCCUUCUCUUGUUCUUGAUUCAUCUCGCGUUUUCCGAGGAAAACUCCAGCUCGCACAUCCUUCCGCGGCCGUUGAUCUUCGAGACACAGCUCAAGAGCGUCGACGACAAUGUGCAUUGCACGAGCUGGAGAUUCGCGGCGGAGACGAACAAUCUCGCGCCAUGGAAAACAAUUCCGCCGGAAUGCGCCGAUUACGUGAAAGAUUAUCUGAUGGGCAAAGGCUACGUCGCCGAUUUGGAGAGAGUCUCGGAAGAGGCUUGGGUUUAUGCGAGCACCUUCGAAUUUCCCGGUGACGGCAAGGAUACUUGGGUUUUCGACAUUGAUGAGACUCUCUUGUCGAAUCUUCCGUAUUAUCUGGAACAUGGUUGCGGGCUGGAAGUUUUUAAUCAUGUGGAGUUCGAUAAGUGGGUGGAGAAAGGUGUUGCACCUGCGAUAGCACCAAGCUUGAAACUUUACCAAAAGGUUAAAGAUUUGGGAUACAAAGUCAUCCUCCUUACGGGGCGGAGAGAGAAGCACAAAGUUGUCACCGUCGAAAACCUGCUCAAUGCCGGUUUCCAUAGCUGGGACGAGCUUAUUCUGAGAUCGUUGGAUGGUCAGAACAAAACAGCGACUAUAUACAAGUCUGAGCAGAGGGAUGAGAUGGUGAAAGAAGGGUAUAGGAUCAGAGGCAAUUCAGGUGACCAAUGGAGUGAUUUGUUGGGCUCUGCCAUGUCUGAACGGUCCUUCAAGCUCCCAAAUCCAAUGUAUUAUAUCCCAUGAAGCGGGGAACACUAAUUGGAUAAUCAGAGGCACGUCAAGUGAUCAAUAGAGCAAACCUACUGUUUUUGAUG